CAAAAGGACCCCGCGGCGGCGGCAGCGCCACCUCCGCCUGCGGCGCCUACUGGCUCCUGGCCGGCGGCGGCGGCCUCAGGGCUUUCGGCUCGCCCAUCUCGGAGGCUUCGGACCGGCCCCACCGCCCCGGCGUCACGCGCCAGCCGGGCUCUUGCACUCGGGCUCACGCAGACUGAAAAAUAUGGCUCAGGAGACUAACCAGACCCCAGGGCCCAUGCUGUGUAGUACAGGAUGUGGCUUUUAUGGGAAUCCUAGGACAAAUGGAAUGUGUUCUGUUUGCUACAAAGAACAUCUUCAGAGGCAGCAGAAUAGUGGCAGAAUGAGCCCAAUGGGGACGGCUAGUGGUUCCAACAGUCCUACCUCAGAUUCUGCAUCUGUACAAAGAGCAGACGCUAGUUUAAACAACUGUGAAGGUGCUGCUGGCAGCACAUCUGAAAAAUCAAGAAAUGUACCUGUGGCUGCCUUGCCUGUAACUCAGCAAAUGACAGAAAUGAGCAUUUCAAGAGAGGACAAAAUAACUACCCCGAAAACAGAGGUGUCAGAGCCAGUUGUCACUCAGCCCAGUUCAUCAGUUUCUCAGCCUAGUACUUCUCAAGGUGAAGAAAAAGCUCCUGAGUUACCCAAACCAAAGAAGAACAGAUGUUUUAUGUGCAGAAAGAAAGUUGGCCUUACAGGGUUUGACUGCCGGUGUGGAAAUUUGUUUUGUGGACUUCACCGUUACUCUGACAAGCACAACUGUCCAUAUGAUUACAAAGCAGAAGCUGCAGCAAAAAUCAGAAAAGAGAAUCCAGUUGUUGUGGCUGAAAAAAUCCAGAGAAUAUAAAUUACUACUUGUGAAGAGACUGAAACUUUGUUUUUAUUUUAAUAUAUCGUAGGAAAACAUUAAAGAGCAGAUGCAUGGCCAUUUUCCUUUGAUGUUCUCCAGAGUUUUACUUUAUACUUGUCUGUCUUAUUGAUAUUUUAGGAUGUUUGGGUGUUUGUUACAGGCAGAAUUGGAUAGGUACAGCCCUACAAAAUGUAUAUGCCCUCCCUUAAAUAAAAUUGGAUGAAAAUCUGCA